AUGGUUCGUUUGAAUCCACAUAGGAGUGUCAUAUAUUUGCGGCUUGAUGGAUCAGUUGAACCAGAAAAGCGUUUUGAUAUUGUAAACGCUUUCAAUUCAGACCCUACUAUUGAUGUACUACUGCUCACUACACAUGUAUUGCUCAACUCAUUGGAUUACAAGGAUACCCAUGUUACCACUGCUGUACGUGGCACAAUUGGGCAUAUUGCCCCUGAGUACCUCUCCACCGGAAAAUCUUCAGAGAAAACCGAUGUUUUUGGGUAUGGGGUCAUGCUUCUGGAGCUCAUCACUGGACAGAGGGCUUUGGAUCUUGCUCGGCUUGCCAACGAUGAUGAUGUCAUGUUGCUAGAUUGGGUAAAAGGACUUCUGAAAGAAAAGAAGUUGGAAAUGCUAGUUGACGAAGAUAUGCAGGGUAAUUACAUCAAUGAAGAGGUAGAACAACUAAUCCAGGUGGCAUUGCUCUGCACACAAGGCGCCCCAUUGGAACGCCCCAAAAUGUCGGAUGUUGUCAGAAUGCUCGAAGGUGAUGGAUUAGCUGAGAGGUGGGAAGAAUGGCAGAAGGAGGAGGUAUUCCGCCAAGAAUAUAACCAUACCCGACAACCAAAUGCUGAUUGGAUCAUCGCGGACUCCACUUCCAAUCUCCGCCCAGAUGAAUUGUCCGGUCCCAGAUGACCCUUUUGUUGUCAAAUGUGAUAUUUUCAUCUUUGUGCAUAUGAUUUUCUUCUAUUUUCUUUUUUUUCAAAGUCAAGUUUGUAUCAUGUUCGGAGUUUUGAUGAUGAUAUGUCGUGGUGUCUAUAAGGUCGCCGCUACAUGGCAUUAUGAAUUUUCAGGUGCAAGAAAAAAAUCAUGGCUUGAAAGGGCCGUGGAGGCACCAGUUGAACGUUUAUGUUUAUGUAUCCAAAAACAAAUUACACUAAUAAAUAAAUAAAUACAUUCUUUUGUCCA